AUGGGGAACCUUCUCCUGGUGAUCGUGCUCGGACUACUACUCGUCGGUGGAGCGGCGACGGCCACAGGCGCCGAUGACGCGUGCGGGGCAGGCCACCUCGCCCUCGCGAGUGCCAGCCGACGGGUGGCGGAGUCAUGCGCGGGCGCCGGCACGCCCACCGCGUCCUGCUGCGAGUCGGUCGUCGCCACGGUUCCAUGCGUCUGCCGCGUCGCGGUCCAGCAUCCGGUGGAUCACUCGCUCUUCCUCGGCCGCCUCAACGCCUCCCGCAUCGUCGCCCUUUACAGCAGUUGCCGAGGACGGCUACGCCUGCGCGGCGCCGGCUACCUCGCCACCGCUGCCUGCCUAGGUGUGCUUGAGCACCGCUCCUUUGUGACAUCAGUAGCCACUACUGUCCACUCACCACUGAUGCUUUCAGAUGCCAACCAACAACCCAAAGCCAGAGGACGAGAGCACGUGGAACCAUCAUCCUGUGACUCCACCCCCAUGGCAGCACAAUUGGUUCAGCACUGCAACAUCGGCAACAUCCGGCCUUCAAGACGGUGCUGUACUGUCGUGUUAGCCAUAAUCGAUGACCAGGACACAGACUGUCUGUGCAUGGUGGUGGAUGAAGCUGAGUUCACCAAAUCCUACCUGAGUGUUUCCGCUGUCUGGGGCUAUUACAGGGCUUGCGGGGGGCGUCAGCAGCGGCCUCCUAAGGACACUGACGCGUGCGAGCACGCCCCUGCUCCUGCGCCCCCGCCGCCACCACCUUCUCCGCCGCGCCCACCCAGCAGGUCACCGCCUGCACCACCCAAGAGGCCAUCCAAGGCGGCGUCAGCUGUGACAGCGUUCUUGCUAGGGGUGGCGGUCGUUGCCGGUAUCGCAUUUCUUCUAAGCCUUGCUGUACUCCUGGCGGUCAAGGUCAAGAAGUCCAGAGAAGUUCCAGCUGCGAUACCGGUACCGGUGGUUGGAGAGCAGUGGGUCAGCAUGCCCCACUGGCCCCAGGUCCCAGCCCCAGUCCCAGCCCAAGCCCCAGCCCCAGUGGACGCCGAGGCCGGUCAAGUGCAGCAGCAGGCGGUGGCACAGCCUCCUCCACCUCCGUUGUUCGCGCCACGGGCGGUGGUGAAGAAAGGAGAGGCACCGCCGGCGCCACCGCCGCUCAUCCCAUUCCCACCUCCACUCCCACUCAAGGUGCCGACAGGAGAGUCAGUGUCAGUAGGCGCCGUCUAG